AUGAACGAGGGCAGAGUUUAUUUAUUACCAUUAAACAAAGAGACAUAUAUUUCGUUCACGAAGAAUGUUAGUUCUACAAGAGAAAAAAAAUGGCAUAAUUGCGUAAAAUUGCGAUUUGUAGAUUCUUAUAAAUUUCUAAAUGAAAGUCUCGGUAAAUUGGUGUCGUACCCAGAUAGAGGUGACCUACGAAUAACGCGAUCAAUGUUUUCUGAUUUGAGUGACGAAGAUUUUGAACUGCUUACACGCAAAGGCGUGUUUCCGUACGAGUACGUUGAUAGCGUCGAUAGGUUGCACGAGACGGAGGGGGAGGCUUUUUAUAGUUUGUUAACGGGAAAGGAGGUGUCCGACGUUGAUCACAAGCAUGCUGUUAACGUUUGGCAGCGUUUUAACAUUAAAAAUCUAGGUGAAUACAGCGAUCUGUAUUUAAAAACGGAUGUGCUACUCUUAGCGGAUGUCUUUGAAAAGUUACGUGACAAUAGCAUAGAGAGUUACGGUUUGGAUCCCGCUCAUUAUUACACGUUACCCGGCUAUACGUGGGACGCGAUGUUGAAAUACACGGGUGUUCGUUUUGAACUCCUGACCGAUAUCGAUAUCGAUAUGGUGUUGUUUGUGGAGCGUGGUGUGCGCGGCGGUCUUAGUCAGUGUUCGAAUAGAUACGAGCGUGCGAAUAACAGACAUCUACCGUGUUACGAUUCGUCGCAACCGUCGUCGUUUCUUAUGUAUUAUGACGUAAAUAAUCUGUAUGGUUGGGCGAUGUGCCAAUCGUUACCGUACUCGUGUUUUCAGUGGCUCGACGACAUUGCUAAUUUCGACGUAAUGUCGGUGUUCGCGGAUUCUUAUUUCGUUUAUAUUUUGGAGGUAGAUCUCGCGUAUCCGCACGAGCUGCACGACGCUCACGCGGAUCUUCCUUUUUGUCCCGCGCGCACCACGCUUCCCGAUAAGCGGAACGUCAAGCUUUUGGCCACGUUUCACGAUAAGUCGCAUUACGUGAUACAUUAUCGCAAUUUACAACACUGUCUGCGACACGGAUUGCGCGUAACGAUGAUUCAUCGCGUAUUACGAUUCGCACAAUUUCCAUGGCUUCACGGAUACGUAGAAUUGAAUACGAGAUUUAGGAUUGGUGCGAAAAACGCGUUCGAAAGAAAUAUGUAUAAGCUAAUGAAUAACGCGGUAUUUGGAAAGACCAUGGAAAAUGUGCGCGAUCGUGUGGAUGUGCGUCUCGUGACGCGUUAG